UCGCGCGCAUACAUUCGCUUCACUUCCCUCGAAGCCCUCGUCGAGUUUCAUCGCAAUUUCGAUGGUCACGGUUUUAGGGACUCUAAAGGCAACGAGUACACUGCGAUUGUGGAAUUCGCACCAAAUCAAAAGGUGCCUGGCAUGGAAAAGGCUAAGAAGGCGGACGCGAGAGUGGGAACGAUCGACGAGGGUGCGUGUGAGAAAGCUACCGAGUCGGACGCAUUGGACCAAGUUGGCUGA